AUGAAUCUCGAUCUCGGUGGUGGUCAUUUUAGUGACAGCAACGUCAAGAAAACCUUCAUCGUCGCUACCCUUGUCUCUACCCUCAUCGGUACCUUCACCUCCUCCCACAACCUCUACGAACGUCUCGGCGAGAAGCGCAAGCAGCACAAAAAGGACGAGCAGCAAAACGAUGCCAUCAAAGAGCUCAAGGAUGAGAUCAAAGACCUGAAGAAAGGCGGCAAGAAUGAUGCCCGUCGUGACGACUCCCCACGCGCUGACAAUCUCGUCAGCUCUUUGGAUCAAUCUGGCCAGAUGAUACAACGAGAGUUCAACAAUGGCUUUGCCCGCCUAGGUGACCGCUUUGCUGGAGGUGACCUCGUUACCGAGAAUGCCUUACAGAAACAGAUUAUCCAACUGCAGCAGACUGUCAUUAAUGUUCUUCAAGAUGCUGUCAACAGUGGCCGUCAGCUGAGUCAGCGCGACAUCGACAAGCUUGCCAUGGCUUCCGACAUGGCACGCGAUAAUACCUUGGAGGCUCUUCGCUCGCAAUACCAACGUCAAGCUGGUCAGGAUGACCGCCGUAUAUCACUUGCACCUGCUGCAUCAGAGCGACUGAGGAUCACCAGUGGCCUAGAAGACCUUUCACUUGCACCUCCCAAGCGUCCCAAUCCUGCCAAUUCCCUGUUUUGCCCGUACGCCAUGGACCUCCAGGACAUGCCUCGCCGUGCUCUGGCCGGCGCAUUCGAUGCUGGCCGAGGCGAUGGCUGCUGUCCCGAUUGCCACAUCCGUGUGAGUGUCAACAGCCAAGAUAGGUGGAAGAUUCGUAAGCGUCUGCCUGUGCUCGUGUCUCGAAAUGGCCGACAGGAAGAAAUCAUUGAGGAGCACGUCUUCGAAAUCGGUCCUCGCUUGGUGGUCAAAUGCCACACCGAAAGCGGAGGUUUCGCCUGCCUUCUUUGCCACAAAACGCGCGACUUUGAUGCGCUCUGCAAGGAUCCAGAAGUGCUCGUGUCCCACAUUGGCAAAGCACAUAACAUGGAGGAAUAUUCCUCUGAAGUCGACAUUGUGGAAAUGUAG